AUGCCACCACAGACCCGCUCCGGCGGACGGGUAACCGCUGCCCCUCCUCCAGACCGAGUCUAUAAGUCCGUCAAGCCGGCCAAGCAAGCAAAGUUCCCGCAUCGACGAACAGAAGUGCGAACCUACAGUGCCCGCAAACCCACCGCUCGUAUCCCCAAUCACCAGCAAAAGACCUUGACCCAGAUGUUCGAGACCACGCGCUCAUCGCCCGUGCGCUUAGACCUAUCCGACGAUGAAGAGAACCCCGCGCCCAAGAAGAAGAGGAGAAAGACCAUGGGGGAUGAACCGACACCGAGCUCUUCCUUUCACACGCAGACCUUGACGCAGAUGACGCGGAGAUCUUCAGAGAAAUCCCCAGCCGAGGAAGAAGAGGAAGAUGUAUGGCAAUUCCAGUCAUCGGAUGAUGAGACAGAGAACGGCCCACCAGUGCUUCCGUCGGCCAACGAUAAGGAGAACCUAUUGUCCGGCAAGAAGGCCCCAAGCAGGACGCCAUCCGUUGUUCCACAAACACCAACAAACAAGCGCAUCGUUCUCGAGAUUCCAUCGUCGCAAGGCAGCCCGCUCACUCCCAUGUUGGCUAGGUAUAGCCCGGCGCCGAGGAGGUCUCCCUUGAAAGACAAGUCAACGAACACAAUGUCCCCGCUGCCGAAGCUUACCGGAUCUGUCAAACGUCCACGAACUCUUACAGUUCAGGAUUCCUACGCGACGACAGGCAGCCAGGGUUCAAGUCAGCAGUUCACCUCACCUACCAAAGUGCCACUGCAGCCCGCCAAGAAUGUUCGUUUUAUCACGCCGCAUCCCACGGCCAGCCAGCCUCCGACGGAGGAGGCGGCGGAAGAGGAAGAGACGGACAGCGAAGAACAGGAAGGACGCGACGUCAGCCCGUCACCCCGCCGACCCCCGAGGUCACCUUUACGCGAGAUUGCCGACUCUGAGGAUGAAUCCGGAGAUCUUGAAAUCCUGGACGAAGAGGCUGAAGGAUACGACGCUGUCGGCGAAGAAACCCAGCUCCAGAUGGAUCAGCUGCUUGCUUCGUCGGAAGAGAAGCAGGCUUCCAAGGAGGCAUCCCCUGCAGAUGACGGCGACUCUGAUAAGGAGAAUGUCGCCCCUUCUGUCGACGAGGAGGACGAAGAAGAAGCUACGGUGGUUUUGUCCAAGCCGUUCGUGUUCCCCGGGCUAGGGCGCCUGGAUUCGAACGCGUCAGAUCGCAGGGAGACCGUCGAGGUCAUUACAUCUUCUCCUGACCCUACCCGCAACAGUGACUCGAGUAUUGAUGAAGCAAGCGGGGAGACAAAUGACGAGUCUAUUUGCCAAACACCCACGCAAAGCCAGAAAACGCCCAAGGCCAAGGGACGGGGCCUUGUUGAGACGCCAAAGACGCCUCACACCCAAGCAUUGGAGAGUCAGCGACUUCCUCGAGAUGUUAUCAACGGCAUGGGCCCCCAGGGCGAUCGCACCGACGUCUUCAUCUCCAUACACCCGGAACACAUGAAGGAGAUUGUUUCCGGGAGGAAGAAUCAUGAGUUCCGCAACUACAAGAUCCCGCACACCGUCUCGCGCAUGUGGCUCUACAUCACUCAACCGGUGGCAGAGCUGAAAUACAUGGCAUGCUUCAGUGACGCAAAGUCGCCGGGCGAGAUCGAUGAAGACGGCAUUGGCAACGCCGAGUUUAAUCAGAAGAAAGGCUCCAAGUUUGCGUAUCAUCUGUACAAACUCUACGAGCUGAACGAUCCGAUGCCUCUCCAGUACAUGAUGGAUCGGGACUACCUGCAUGGACCGCCACAAAAGUACACAUACGUACCGCCGGCCGUCGUUGGGCAUUUGAUGGCCAACCUGCGAUGCUCCGUUUUUGGAGACGACGAAGACGAGGAGGAUGAGGCCGAGCCUGAAACCGGUAGGGGUGGAUCGUUGCCGGCUGCUGGAGGUGUGCCUUCGCAGGAUCCCACGAUGUCACAAGAACUGGCUGAGCAGAUCCGGAGCGAUAUCGAGCACUCGACCCAACACCCCUCAUCGGACGCCGACUUGCUGGUCCCAUCCAGCCAGACACCGACUAAAAGUCGGCGCAAGUUCGGUACGGAGCUCCACCUCACCAAGCCGGCCUUGCCGCCGACGCCCUUCAGCCGGCCGUCCAAACCAACACCCCGCCGCGCGGUGCGGCUUUCGCAGGCAACGACGGCCAGUCAGGCGUCGAGCCCGUCGCAGUCGCCGUCCAAGUCGGUGCCACGGCCCACACACGCGAACUCGAGUCUGCCCAUCUUCGUGGACGACGACGAUGAUAGUCCGAUUCGCUUAGCGUCCGGCACGUUCCAGCUGGACUCGUCUCAGUUGCUGUCCAAGAGCCAGAUGCUGCCCGAGAGUUUGUUGCCAGAGGGCCGGGAGGACGAGGAGGACAUAAUAUUUGAUUCGGAACAGGAUGACGAGCUGUAG